GCCAGCAGCAGCAGCACAGCAGCAUCCGCCUUUGAAACCCUUCUGUUGAGAAUAGUUGGACAGGGAGAAUAUUGGCACUGACCUCUCUUGGAAGAGGCAGGCAUGCUUCAGCUGAGGAAGAGGAACUUGAAGGUGGUGCUGAUGAAUGGCUGAUCCUACAGAGCCUGAUGCGUUUGCCACAAGAGCUGGGAGAGAGGAAGGCAACAAAUCAUCCAGACUAUCUAAAAGGAAAGCAUUUUCUUGCAUAAUAAUUAGGAAAAAAAGAAGAAGCUCUUUGAAGAACACCCAUAAUGGACAAAUGUAGCCUUUGGGGAGAUGCUGUCAUGAUUUUUGUCCCCUCUUUAUCGAGAUAAAAAGGAGUCAUCCAGGAGCCUCCAACGCAAUUCUUUGUGGUCCUUUUUGGUCAUUGUUCUCCUCUUCCAUUUAUGCAUUGCUAUUUGCUGACCUUUCCCACUGGAGCCUAUGCCCCCCCCUUCCCAACUGCUCCACCCUGUACAGUUCCAGCUGAGAAGAGGCACUGUUUCCCCAACCAUGCCACGAAACACCCAUAAGGUCCCUUCCAUGAAUGAUGAACCUUGGUGUUGAGAUUCUUUUGUCAGGGUGGUAGGACGUUAUUGCUGCUCAACAGGAAAUAAAAUCCGACGCUCAAGAGAAGGAGCAAAGAAGACUGAAACGGAACCACCUGAAAAUCACUAGCAAAGAAGAGACAAGCACCUUUUUCCUGAAAGUGCUCCAUAGCCAAAUUCAGCCAAGACAGAGAACAACAUCAAUUUGAGAUACUCAGGAGUGGAGAUGAGACUACAACAGUAGUAAAUAAGAAUGAUUGAUUGCACCAUGACAUCACAAAGUAGUCUUUAACAUCUGCUUUUGGCUAGCAACUGUUUCCCAGGCCCGCAUGAUGCCUGAAGACAGGAAUAUGGGGGUUCGCGCCUCAGGUGCCCUGGCUUCUUCCCCCUUUGUUCCCAAAACUACUUACAGGAAGAUUAAGCGAUGUUUUAGCUUCCGAAAAGGAAUUUUUGGGCAGAAGUUGGAAGACACAGUUCGUUAUGAGAAACGAUAUGGAAACCAUUUGGCUCCAUUGCUGGUAGAACAGUGUGUGGAUUUUAUUCGUCUGCGGGGGCUGAAGGAGGAAGGACUUUUCCGAUUGCCGGGCCAGGCUAACCUUGUCAAAGAGUUACAGGAUGCCUUUGAUUGUGGAGAGAAGCCAUUGUUUGACAGAAAUACAGAUGUACACACAGUGGCAUCACUUUUGAAACUCUACCUCAGGGAACUGCCUGAGCCAGUUAUUCCAUAUUCCAAAUAUGAAGAAUUUCUUUCCUGUGCCAAAAUGCUCAGCAAAGAAAAGGAAACGGGGCUGAAUGAAUUAGCAAAGCAAGUGAAGAAUUUGCCGCUCGUCAACUUUAAUCUACUAAAGUACAUUUGCAGAUUCCUGGAUGAAGUUCAGUCCUAUUCUGGAGUCAACAAAAUGAGUGUGCAAAAUCUUGCGACUGUGUUUGGUCCCAACAUCCUCCGUCCCAAAGUGGAAGAUCCUCUGACAAUCAUGGAAGGUACUGUUGUUGUCCAGCAAUUAAUGUCCAUGAUGAUAAGUGAACAUGAGCUGUUGUUUCCCAAGGAUGCAGACUCUCAAAGUGGACAGGAGGUUUGCAAUAACAACAAUGAGAUCCAAAAAAAAGUGAUCAUUGGUCAGCUCCAGAACAGAGAGAAUAAUAAUACUAAGGAGUCAUCACCAGUGAGGCGAUGCUCAUGGGAUAAACCUGAAUCUCCUCAAAGAACCAUUGUGGACAAUGGGUCUCCUACAGCUCAGCCUGGGAGCAAAUCAAAUAGCCCAAGAAACAGCAUUCACAAACUGGACAUGACUAGGAGUCCACCCCUUACAGUGAAAAAGAACCCAGCAUUUAAUAAAGGAAGUGGCAUAGUCACCAACGGGUCCUUCAGUAGUUCUGUAGAGGGCCAAGAGAAAACAUCACCAUCCUUACCCAAUGGUACAUUGCAGACUAGAAGAACAUCUUCUCUGAAAGGGCCAGUAACUAAAAUGGGCACACACAGUGUACAAAAUGGAGGGGUGCGAAUGGGUAUUUCCAGCACUGAUGCCCAUAGCAACUCUUUGAACAGCCGUUGCCAGAGUUGGAUGCCCAAUGGGUAUGUGACCUUGAGGGACAACAAGCAAAAGGAGCCUAUGAGUGAUUCAGGCCAGCAUAACAGACUUUCUACUUAUGAUAAUGUGCACCAACAGUUCUCAGCAGUGAACGCUGAAGAUAAGCAGAGUGUUGAUAGUGCAACUUGGUCCACGUCCUCUUGUGAAAUAUCCCUCCCUGAACAUUCCAACUCCUGCCGAUCAUCCACCACCACUUGUCCUGAGCAAGACUUUUAUGGGGGCAAUUUUGAAGACCCUGUAUUAGAUGAGCCCCAACAUGACAAUCUCCUGAACCCAGCAGAUUCUGAGAGCAAAGUUGACCGGAGAAGUGUUGGGGGCCGAAGCAGCAGGGCUACUAGCAGCAGUGACAACAGCGAAACAUUUGUCAACAGCGCAGGCAACCACAGUGCUUUGCACAGCCUUGUUUCAAGUUUAAAGCAGGAAAUGGCAAAACAAAAACUGGAGUAUGAAACAAGGAUAAAAAGCCUUGAACAGCGGAAUCUCUCGCUGGAGACCGAAAUGAUGAAUCUCCAUGAUGAACUGGAGCAAGAGAAGAAGAAGUUUACAAUGGUAGAAAUCAAAAUGCGUAAUGCUGAGCGGGCCAAAGAAGAUGCUGAGAAAAGGAACGACAUGUUGCAGAAAGAGAUGGAGCAGUUUUUCUCAACGUUUGGGGAACUGACAGUUGAGCCACGUAGGACAGAAAGAGGGAACACCAUAUGGAUCCAGUGAGGGCCGUUCCUGCUGCUCACCAAGACUGUGGGAUUCUGGGAAGAGGGUAGCUAUGAUAUUUUAUUGUAACAGGUGACUGGUCACCUGACUGAGGCUAGCACUCAAUGUAAAUGUUAUUAGAACUCCAGAGACACUACCAUGGCUGCAUCAACCAACCAUCUCUCUGCAAGUUGCUUCUCAAUUGAGAAAUUCAUGCUCCCUGAAUCCAUCAUCAUGCUACUGUUAAGUGUUACAGCAGGCUUUGGGCAUAUAGAUUUUAAAUAGUUUAUGUGGGAGGGGGGACGAUAAAAAGAGACAAAAGAUUAUUUUAAUGCAAGUCUUAUAUUUAAACUGUCAAAUGUUAACUUCAUUGCAAUCAAGCUUUUCUCCCUUGCACUUAACAUAGUAGGCUAUUUUUGGCAUCGUGUUAUAAUCAGCUAAUUUUGUACAUUAUUUCCCCCCUUUGGUUGCCCUGUCAUUGCAGAAUUAAUUAUAUAUAUAUAUAUAUAAUAUAUAUGUAUAUUUAUACACACACACUCACAUGCACAAGUGUGUUUGUGUGUGUGUGUGUAUAUAUAUAAAAUGUUAGCUAUUAAAACAAAGAAAAAAGUAUUGUGUGACUGUGCUGUUUAUGCCAAUUGAUUUGCCCAUUACCAAAAAACAACCACCCCACCCCAGAAGGGGAAGAAAACUGUAAAUAAUUUUAUAAAUGUAUAA